UGGCCCUGGCGGGGGGCGCGGGCGCGAUGUGGCGCCUGGUGCCCCCGAAGCUGGGCCGCCUGUCCCGCUCGCUGAAGCUGGCGGCGCUGGGCAGCCUGUUGGUGCUGAUGGUGCUGCACUCGCCGUCGCUGCUGGCGUCCUGGCAGCGCAACGAGCUGGCCGACCGGCGCUUCCUGCAGCUCAAUAAGUGCCCGGCCUGCUUCGGCACGAGCUGGUGCCGCCGCUUCCUCGGCGGGCAGGUGGCGUUCGAGGCGUGGGGCCGCCUGCGCCUGCUGGACUUCCUCAACGUGAAGAACGUGUACUUCGCGCAGUCGGGCGAGCCCCGCGAGGGCGGCCGGCGCCGCGUGGUGCUCAAGCGCCUGGGCUCGCCGCGGGAGCUGGCGCAGCUCGACCAGAGCAUCUGCAAGCGGGCCACGGGCCGGCCGCGCUGCGACCUGCUGCAGGCCAUGCCCCGCACCGAGUUCGCGCGCCUCAACGGCGACGUGCGGCUGCUCACGCCCGAGGCCGUGGAGGGCUGGUCCGACCUGGUGCACUGCCCCUCGCAGCGCCUGCUCGACCGCCUGGUGCGCCGCUACGCCGAGACGCGCGACUCGGGCAGCUUCCUGCUCCGCAACCUCAAGGACUCGGAGCGCAUGCAGCUGCUGCUCACGCUCGCCUUCAACCCGGAGCCGCUGGUGCUACAGAGUUUUCCAUCUGAUGAAGGCUGGCCAUUUGCAAAGUAUCUCGGAGCCUGUGGGAGAAUGGUGGCCGUGAAUUAUGUUGGAGAGGAACUUUGGAGUUACUUCAAUGCACCUUGGGAGAAAAGGGUUGACCUGGCCUGGCAGUUAAUGGAAAUAGCGGAGCAGCUCACGAAUAAUGACUUUGAAUUCGCACUCUACCUCUUGGAUGUCAGCUUUGACAACUUCGCAGUUGGUCCUCGAGACGGGAAGGUCAUCAUUGUGGAUGCCGAAAAUGUCCUGGUCGCUGACAAAAGGUUAAUUAGACAAAAUAAACCUGAGAACUGGGACGUGUGGUACGAGAGUAAAUUUGAUGACUGUGACAAGGAGGCUUGCCUGUCGUUCUCAAAAGAGAUUCUUUGCGCCCGUGCCACCGUGGACCACAAUUACUACGCGGUUUGCCAGAACCUCCUGUCCAGGCAUGCCACCUGGCGCGGCACCUCCGGAGGACUCCUUCACGACCCACCCAGUGAAAUUGCCAAAGACGGCCGGCUGGAGGCCUUGCUGGAUGAGUGUGCCAACCCAAAGAAGCGCUAUGGCCGGUUCCAGGCCGCGAAAGAACUGCGGGAGUAUCUAGCACAAUUAAGUAACAAUGUGAGGUAGUCGAUGUACAUGGCGGUUCUUUUUCUCCACCUCAGUAGCACUGGCCACCAAAAACCAUCUGGAGAAGGAAGUGGGAAUGUCUGAUGCGCAGAGGAUGGCACACCCGCACUGAUGCAGCUCACGUCACCGUCAUCCACGUCGGACGUUUGUUCCUUCAGGACUCACGCCAUGCUUCUGCAAAUAAGUUUGGUCGCACACUCUGGAGACUUGAGUUGUCAUCGACUGCUUCUUCCUCCCCCCCCCCCACCCCAAUGCCUGAGUGGAUUCAUGGAUAUUGUGAAGCUAUUGGAAAUGAGUCUGAUAGUUCCGUUGGCCUGUGUAUCAAAGGGUACUUGGUACUUCGUUUGCGUUUCUAUCAUGAUUUUGUGAAUCUCUUGCAUUUACUUUGAGUGGCAAGUUAGAUCGGCCUGUUUUAUAGGCUUCUUUUUCCUCCUGAUAUGUAGGGUAUUUUUCCCCCCUCAUUUUUAUGUUUUCUGUUACAUUUUACAUGUUUGGGUUACUCUAGCUCAUUUAGGUGUUCGUAGUCAUUCAGUGCUGUGCGCUCCGCACUGACUGUUGCUGUUACAUUGUGGGGCAGGACUCCCAGGUUUAUUGUUGCUUUUUAGAAAGUGGAAUAUUUUAUUAUGUAAAUACUUUUUUCUUCCCACCCUCUGGUUUUACCAUUCAUCGCAUGAGGUCAUGUAGGGUUAUUUACCAGUUACAUCUCGCUAGGCCAAUAUUAGUGUACACUAAACAGGAAAUUUGGCAUAUGUUGCAAAAUACCAUUUUGUCCUUUAAAAUACUUGAAGAUUAUGCUAGCAAAUUAAACCACGAUGUUAAUUUUGACUGAGAAAAAAAAAGUGUUUUUUUAAAUGCUAACUAGUCCAAGAUAGUAAUGCAUAUUCCAAAGAAAUAUUAGAUCUAGUCCCAUGGUUAAAAUUUAAAAUUGCUCACCUGUUUGUUCUUGCAAUCCUAUUUCUAGUACUUUAACCCCUCAUUGUGAAAUUCAAAUCUCCCUUAUGUUGAAAAGCUAUAGCUCUUAAGUAUUUGUAGCUUAAGGGUAUUCAACCUUUCAUUCAUUGGGAGCUUUGAAAAAUUAAUUUGGUGGUCAGGUUUAAUUGGACAACAUAAUAUUUUAUUUAAUAAUGAACUAGAAGUUUCUGUUGCAAAGCAGACAGUUUGGCCAAACAGCCCAAGUUGGUCUUCAUUACCUAAUUGUUAAACAUUACAUUUGAGUCUGUGAUGAAAAUUAACAAACAGAAUUGGUGGGCUCUUUUUACAGUCUGUUACAACAUGUUCAUGUUAGUUGACUAUCAGUGACAUGGGUGAUGUUUUUCCAUUUGAAGUUACUAAUUUUCUUUAUAGCAGGUUUUUGUAUGUGUGCAGUAUCUAUUUCUAGACUGAUCUUAUUCUUAUAAAUCAGAAAGUGAUUAAAAUAUAUGCACAACCAAAGUCACGUUUUUCUUCUUCAUUCAUUCAGCCACUAUUUAUUGAGUACCAGUUUUUUUAGCCAGGUACAUUCCUUGCUGCUCACCUGUCUGAACAUUACAUGUGGGUUAAUAACUGCAGUGCUUUUCAGAUGCUUCAAUGUAGAUAUUUCUUAAGUUCAAAUAGCGUUCAUUAAAUUAGUAUGCUCUCAUGCUAUUUUACUGUUGGGAUAAAAGUUCCAUGUAUACCAUCUAUAGCUCAUUUGCUGCAAAAAGAGCAGGAUGACAUCAGUAAUUAAUCCAAGUUUUAAAACGGAAGGAGUAGGGAAAGAGCUCUGUGUUACUAAAUAGAUUGCAUUUAUGUUCAUUUGUAUACAUCAAUAGAUUACAUACACAUCAAUCAAUCCUUUAAAAAAAUACAGUUAAGUGCUGGAAAUUUACCAAGCUGAGUUUGUACAACUUUGGAAAAAUUUUGAGGGGAAAAGAGAAAAUCACUCAUCAGAUAUUCACUUCUUUCUCAACUGUCAGAUAAAAUACUGAUCUUCAAAGAGGAGCACCUUUUAUAUUUGAUAAGUAUUCAUUAUAGACCUUAGCGUGGCCACUCACACAGGGCUUGUCCUCCAGUGGCUCAGCCAACAUUUAUCUCGCUUUCAGGAAGAGUGAUGGUGACUUUGGAACAGGAGUUCAGAGAAUACAGCCAGCGGUGGUGGCUACUUGUGGUGGUUUUUUUUUAUAACUACCACUUCCCCCUUGAGAUUAUGUGGAUCUUCAUUUAUCUUUGGAAAGUUGGAGAAGAUAGUAAAAGAGUUAAGGGUUUAAAAUUACAGGGAAAAAUAUGUAUGUGAAAAGCAAUAAAUAUUUUGUUCAUUUUGCUAUCAAGAUGUUCACUAUCAGAUAUUUAUUAUACAGCAGCAAUUUAUAUUUUUAAUCAUUGCCCAUUAAUAGACGCAGUAAAAUAUUUUUGAAUCAGACAUUUGAAAUUUGUAUGUGCAUUAAAAUUGUCUUUUGUACUGUAAGUUACUGUUUAAUUUGAAUAUUUUACCAGAACUGUCUCCCUGUGCCUUUAUUAAUAUAAAGUUGUUUAUACAACUUUUAAUGAUCUUAAUAAAGAGUACUUUAAGAACCACA